GACCACCAGAGGGCGUAGCAGGCCUUCCUACGAGCAGGGACGUUUAUAACCUGCUACUGCAAACUGCUACUGCAAACUGCAAAUGUGGAUGGAAAAUAAACACCAAAAGUCAGCUGGCUGCUGAAUCCAGUGGGGGAUUUCAUUCCUAUGCUCCGAGAUUCCAGCAGUAGAGGCAGCAGUAUAGGGGGAAAAUGGACAGAGGACUGCGGCCAACUUUGUUCCUGCUAUUGCUUCUGUGUUCCAAAGCCGCCAUCUUGUCCCAGUUCAACUGUCCACACCGAUGCCAAUGUUUCACACCAGCCCAAGUCUUGUGUGCCGAUGAACACAUGACAUCUGUGCCCGGGAACAUAUCCCGGGAGGCCAAGGAAGUCAUCAUCAUGACAUCAGCCGUGCAGUACUUGUUCCCCACCUCCUUUGAUGAGAGUCCCAAACUCAACAAGCUUAUCUUCUUCAACAAUCCGCUGCAAAGUAUUCACUCUCAGGCUUUUCAGAAACUGCAUGAGCUUCAGGAACUGGAGAUCAGCGGUAACCCCUGGCUGCAGCAUUUGUUUCUGGGGACUUUCUCCAAGCAGGGAAACCUGACCAAGUUGCAACUCAACUAUAACAGAUUCCAGACUGUUCUUCCUGGUAUGUUUCAUGCUCUUGAAAACUUAGAGACCCUGCAGCUGAAGGCCAACGUCAUAUCAAAUUUACCCACCUUGUUGUUUGGGAAGCUUCCAAAUCUACACGUGUUGGAUUUAUCUCUUAACAAAAUCCAGAAGGUGGAAAGAGAGACUUUUUCCGGUUUGACACGGCUGGAGAUUCUUAAAAUGAGCAAUAACCACGUGAGCAAUAUUUCAUCAGACACUUUCCUUCACGUUGGCCAGCUGAUGGAGCUUCACUUGGAUGGGAAUCGAAUAGCAGAACUCGCUGAUGAGACUUUUUCCGAGUUGACCAAACUGAAGGUGCUCAACCUCCGUGGAAACCGCCUCACAACUUUCAACGACAGAGUAUUAUUUGGAGGUGAGGCUUUAAAUCUGACACUUUUGGACCUGAGAGGAAACAGGCUGACAGAAGUCUCCUCUUUCAGCACGUUGCUAUCCCUGACUGACCUUCUCUUGUCAUCCAAUCAGCUUUCAAGCCUCCCCAAAAACAUUUUUACCAAUGUCACCUCACUGGAGAAUGUGGAUCUCUCCGAAAACCGUCUCACGUCAUUACCAGAGAGGAUCUUUGCUGAGCUCAAAAGCAUCAAAAUGAUCCACCUUCAUAAAAACCAGCUGAUUAGCUUGGAUUCCAAAUUGUUUCAGGACCAGGAGUUCAUUCAGCAACUCUACCUGUCGGACAACCAACUGCAAAAUCUCCCCCUGGGCCUCCUGGACCACUUUACGCUCCCGCACAUGUUGCGACUACAUGGGAACCCUUGGAAAUGUGACUGCCACAUGUGGUAUCUGCAUGAUUUAGUGCUGAAUAGCAGCCAGGACUUUGAGAUGCUGGACAGAAUGCUGUGCGAGAGUCCCGACUUGCUGCGGAGGCGACCGGUGGCAUCCAUCGGCAGGGAUGAGCUUCUGUGUCGUUUGCCCAAAGAUGAGAUGACUGACCUGAGCAGCUGUACUCUUCGCAAGUCGAGUGACUCACUGGUCAUCAAAUGCAAAGUGGACAAAUGCUCUCCGCUGACUGUCAAAGUUGAGUUUCUGGAGCACAGUGGCAGUGUUCAGGGGCACAUUUGGAAAAGUGACCAUUCUCAGUGCAGCAAUGUGACAAUAGACAAGACUCACAUGCCGUAGAUUGCCAGAUGUGUUUGGACCUUCAGUCAGUUCUGCAAAUAAACAAAGUGGCUGAUUAUCAGUGUGUGGGA